AUGGGCAAAUCUUCCAAAGACAAAAGGGACGCCUACUACCGUCUCGCCAAGGAACAAAACUGGCGUGCCCGCAGCGCCUUCAAACUCAUCCAAAUCGACGAGCAAUUCGAUUUAUUCUCCUACGCCGAACCAGAGAAAUGCACGAGAGUGGUAGACCUGUGCGCCGCCCCAGGCAGUUGGAGCCAAGUGCUCAGUCGCAUCCUGAUCAAAGGCGAGAGUUUCGGCCGCCGAGCAUGGUGUGAGAGAAUGGACCGCUUCAACCGUCCACAGAUGGCACAAGUGGGCCAACAAGAAACCGACCUCGUAGGCGACUUGGACAUGGAGUCUCUGGACCUGGAUGACGGAAAGCAGUUCGACCGCGAGCUGAAACCCCGCGCCAACGUCAAGAUCGUCGCCAUAGACCUCCAGCCCAUGGCGCCCCUCGAGGGCAUCAUCCAAAUUCAAGCCGACAUCACGCACCCAUCCACGGUGCCACGCUUACUCCACGCCAUCGAUCCGGCCUUCACGCCCACAGACAGCACGCACCUCGUCGACCUGGUCAUCUCCGACGGCGCCCCGGACGUCACGGGCCUGCAUUCCCUGGACAUCUACGUCCAAAGCCAACUGCUCUAUUCGGCACUGACGCUCGCGACCAAAGUAUUGCGGCCCGGUGGGAAAUUCGUCGCCAAGAUCUUUAGAGGCCGGAACGUGGAUUUGAUCUAUGCACAAUUGAGAAUUCUAUUCGAGAGGGUUAGUGUGGCGAAGCCGAGGGCCAGUCGGGCGAGUAGUAUUGAGGCGUUUGUCGUCUGUGAGGGUUACAGGCCGGUGCUGGUCCGGAACAGAGACGGAGAGGAGGUGCUGUGGACGCCGGAGAUCGGAGAUGCACCCGAGCCGGCGAACGGAGACGUCUCGGGACGAGGCAGGCAGGAUAAUGCUGCUGUGGGAGAAAAGUCCGAUGAUGAGCCCACUACUUCUGCAGAGUCAGCACCAUCCGGUGGGGCCAGAACGCCAGGACAGACCCGCCAUCGACGCCCUGACGGCGUCGUCGAACUACAUUUCCCCGACGAACAGUCUGAUCCGCCAAGGUACAUCGCCCCGUUCUUGGCCUGUGGCGACCUCUCAGCCUGGGAUAGCGACGCUACCUACAAGUUACCAGCAGGCCACGUCAGCCUCGACCCGGUUCAACCGCCAACAGCACCACCCUAUAAGAUGGCAAUCGAACGACGACGAAUCGAGGGUGGAAUGUACGGCAAGACCAAGAAAAGAGACAACCUUCAGAGCAGCGACGCGGGAUAA